AUGAAGAGGCACUCCAAUGACAAGACCAAACCUAAUAAGCAGAAGAGGAGAAAUCAAAAGAAAGUCGAGAAGAAGACUGAUACCAGUACCAGUACUCCUGUUCAAUUAAACAAAGGCCAAGUGCUACCCUUUCCCAGAGGAUUAUCUUUUCCCAAGGAUGAUUUUCUGCGCCAUGAAGCACCUUUUCAGGAAUCUUUUGCUGCAGCUUUGGAAACCUGUUACUUGGGAUUGGCCAUUGAUGAUCCCUCUACUCUAGCUAGACAUAUACCGGUACCACUGGAGCAGAAAAAAGGCAAUUUGGACAAGUUUCCACUCCAAGAGACUCUGGAGGAAAUGGAAAAUAGGAAUUUCUUUCAAGCGGAUAUAACUCAACCAUUUGGCUUGGGGAGCAAGUGUGCCAAGACUUUUGUGACGAGAUGUCUUGUGGGAGAUACUGGAACUACCUACAAGUACUUGGGCUUGAGAAUGUUUGCUUAUACUUGGAACAGCAACAGCAAUCAGAAAAACAAUGACAACGACAAACUCUGUCAAGAGAUCAAACGUUUCAAGGACGACAUAUUGGUACCACGCACAAAACAACACCUGAAAAGUCUGGUGCACAAAAGAAAACAAGCUAAUGCCAAUGGCCAUUCAAAUGCCAAUGACACGGACAUCAGUCGAUCCAGACCAGACUACAACAUUUGUCUCAUUAAUCGCAUGGAUGCCAGCAAUCCACAGUACAAACUGGAACCAUCUCUGCAACACGACAAAAUUGCUGUGGCAUGGCAUGCGGAUUCCAUCCUGGAACACUACUCCAAUAUCGCUGUGUACCAACUCAUUACCAACAACCAAAACAAUCAACACAUCCACAAGGACAGCAAUGGUCGACAAGACUGGUCCCUGGCACUUAGAGUCGUACCCAAUGCGGAAGGACCCAAUAUUCAAGCCGACAAAAUCACACCCGAUGAUUCCACUCCUGCAGUCAGUCUAUCACUUCCUUCCGGGAGUGCCUAUUACAUGCUCGAUGAUUUCAACCACCAUCAUCAACACGCCGUCCUACGAAACAGCAACCAAAACGAAAGCGAAAACGAAAACGAAAUAAAAUCAAAAAAGAAAGCCCGAAACAACCUCAAGCAACAAAAACCACCACAAGAUUCGUCCCCGUCGUCGUCGUCGUCGUCGUCGUCCAUUCGAUAUUCGUGUACGUACCGUCUGUUGCGACCGAGUCACACCGUACAGGAAGCACUCGAACAGUGUCGCAAGAUUUGUGCAGGGUUUCACAAACGAGGACCCAAAAUUUGGAGAUCCGAACAGCUUUGUCUCACGUACAUUGAAUCCGAAUGGCUACGACAGUUCUACAUUCAAGGACAGCACCAUUACGACAUGCUGUGGCACAACAAUAAUUGGGGCCCUCCUCUGAAGCAGUUGUGGAAGUACUGGGCUCAACUCGAAACACGCACCCAACAAACCGUCCAGCUCUUGCAAUGGGCUGCAGCACAAGCGCAAGCGCAAGCACAAGCACAACCCAACAAUAACAAUGCCCCCACAAUAAGCCGAAAACAACGCGACAAACAGCGAAAAGCCUUCGCCACCGUUCAAGAGUUGCUGGCACGACAAUCCGGUACAACAACGACAAAUACGAACAGCAAUGCAUUGCAACUGCUUUACGAACCCUUGGCAGAACUGCUGCGGGAACGGGCCACGUUGCGAUUGCAGUGGCAAAAGAGAGAAAAGGAUCACGUCUUUACCACGGUCGAUCCCCGAUAUCGACCAUUGCCAUGGCCCGUACAAUACGAGAAUGACAGCAACAGCAACAACAACCACCAAGUCUCCACCGAAAUUGAAAUUAUGGCUUCUUCCCCCUUGCCGCAAGACUUGCGUCCCGUCGUCGAUCAACUCAUGGCUGCUGGAAGGACGUCCUACUGCUACAGCGACAACCAGGACAGUCGUCAAAGCAGUAGUGGACUUGCCAAACCUCCCGUUGCGACGACAAGGGACAACGACCACGACUCGAUGGGCGGAAAAGCUGCAGGCAGCGAGAAGAGCAACCGGGCCAUGCCUACAAGUGGAUCUCAGGGUCACAUCAGCAAACGUAACAAAAAACGCAACAAGACCAAGAACGGCAAGCGCAACAAUGAUGAUGCCAGUGCACCAAAGAAAAAGAAACGGAGGUUCUAA